AUGUUUAACUCAUUUCGUCUUUCAUCCCGAGUUGCAGUGCGCUCCGUGCGCUGGAAUUCCUCUGCGAACCCAACCACUCCCCCAUUGAUGACCGUUCUGCGCAACGACCUUAAGACAGCAAUGCGCGCAAAGGAUACCUCCAGACUGAAUGUCCUUCGUGCAUUGAUCUCCGAGACCAACAACGCCGCUAAGACUUCAUCACCAAUUCAGACCGAUAUCCAGCUUCUGUCACUUAUUCGCAAACGUGCCGCUGCUUCUCAGGAUGCUGCUGCUCAGUUUUUGGAAGCCAAUCGACCGGAUCUGAAAGAAAAGGAAGAUGCACAAGUGACCAUCUUGGAAGAGUAUGCCAGUCAGAUCAAGACCAUGAGUGUGGAGGAAGUAGAAGCAGUGAUUGCCACUGAAAUUGCUGCUAUCAAGGAGUCUGGCAAGAAGUUGGAGGUUGGGCAGGUUCUCAAGGCCCUCUUUGCUGCCGGAGGUGCUCUGGACGGCAAACCAGCAGAUCGCAAGGAAGUGGCUAGUCUGGUGAAGAAGGCCGUCUCCGCUUAA